AUGUUUGCUUCAAGAUCAGUUGGGCGACAGGCCUUCAAUCUGACCCGCUGGAGCCAGAUACGAUGUGUGUCUACCUUAAAGUCGAAUCCUCAUAUUUAUGUACAUGCCAGUGAAAGUUCACCGGGAUCUCAUAUUCUUUCACUCCUUCCAUCUGAGCCAGUCAACCCAAGCCUCGCUAUUGGAGUCACAACCAAAUUGCCGCCAACAACAGAGUCUCUCACCGAGAACCCUAAGUUCCUGAGCACUCUCCAAAGUGUCUUCAGCAAACACGCUCAUGAAGAUCCUGAUGCAAAGUCCCAGGCACAUGUCAUGGCUUCAACAUCUGGAACAGUGUUCUUGAAUUCCCAACAGGGAAAAAGACGUGGAGGGAGCGACGGAGCUAGUGGUCAGGGUGGUGCUGGAUCCGCCGGACGGGGUGGUUGGAUUCAUAUCUCCGAUACCCGACGACCCCCUGAGUAUGGUCGUAUCGCAUGGCCUGAGGAUAUCUUUGGCAGUCUCGAAGUGGAUGCGAAUGGCCAAUUUGUAGGAGGGAAUGGAAACUAUCAGCCGAGUGGUACUUAUAGAAUCGUCACUCGCGAUGGAAUUUUGGGACUCACACCUUACCUCAAGGAAAAGAUUUUACAGCGAUUGCAAGAGAUUGAGAAGGAGUAA